CAUAUUGUUUUUAGUUGGAAACUGAAUUGUUUUGGUGACCUAGAUACGUAAAAACGUACGAUUUUACGCUUUAAGCGCGAUUUUGGACUGCAUUGCAUACAACCUCGACCAAGAAAAGGCGCCUGACCGCGUACGCCUAACUAUUGAAGUCAUUUCGGGAACGAUGGACCUGAGGGAAAAAUAGAGGCAAAACGCCGUCUGAGAGCGGCGUCGGCCGACGUGCAGGAGGCCAUCGAUAUUAGCUUCAACAAGGCGCCGGAAGAAGCAUGCAUGCUCCCGUCCAUGGACGCCUUGGAGAUACAAGGAGUGGUGGCGGGAUGCAAGGUGAGAAGGAUGCUUGUCGAUACAGGGAGCUCCAUGGACGUGUUGUUCAAAAAUACUGUGGUUCGCAUGCAAUUAUCGCCGGAGCUGAUCCGACCGUCGGAGUCGGUGCUAGUUGGUUUUUCGGGGGCGCCUGCCAAAGUAAUAGGGCGAGUGUGCCUGCCGGUCACCCUGGGGGACGGGGAGCAAAGGGUGACACGUGUCAUCGACUUCGGAAUAGUGGACUGCCCAUCGUCGUACAAUGCGAUCCUAGGAAGACCACACCUGGCCUUAUUCAAUGGGGUGGUCUCCACUUGUCACCGAACCUUAAAAUUCAUUGCCCCGCAAGGGGUAGGCGUAGCCCGGGGACGAGGCGCCCCGCGUUAUGCAAAGGAAGCAGGACGUAAGCGAAGACACACCGAUGCAAGAGUCAAUGUGAUGGAAGUCGUGGUGGAAGAAGCACCUCGGGCCGAGGCUGCCGACGAAAAACUCUUGGUGGCGCUGGAGGAAGGGCUUCCGGAAAGACAGGUGAGAAUAUCUGCAGAGGCGCCCGAUGAAAUGAAAGAACGCCUCAUCGCCCUCUUGAAAGAGUUCGCGGAGCUCUUCGCAUGGAGAGCACUGGAAAUGCCAGGCGUCACACCCGAAACGGCCGUUCACAGGUUGGCGGUCGAGGAAGGCAGGCGCCCCGUGCAGCAAAAGCGAAGGAACCUAUCGCCAGAAAAGGAGGCGGCGCUUAGGGUCGAAGUGGACAAGCUCAUGGGCGCCAACUUGGUCGAAGAAACUUCUUAUGUUACUUGGUUGUCAAAUGUGGUCUUUAUGCCAAAACCAUCAGGAGAUUGGAGAAUGUGCGUGGAUUAUACGAGCCUCAAUAGAGCAUGUCCCACUGAUGCCUACCCGAUGCCACGAAUAGACCUGUUGGUGGAUUCUACAGCGUACCACGAGAUGUUAAGUUUCGUGGACAUGUUCUCCGGAUACCAUCAAAUUCCCAUGGCAGAAGAGGACCGACCUAAAACAGCCUUCAUGACGCCCUUCGGAAACUUUUGCUACCGGGUCAUGGCAUUCGGGCUAAAAAAUGCGGGCGCCACCUAUCAAAGAAUGGUCAAUAGCGUCUUCCGUCAACAAAUCGGUAGAAAUGUGGAAGCCUACGUGGACGACCUUAUAGUCAAAAGUCGGAGGCGCGAAGACCACCUGGAGGACUUGCGGGAGACGUUCCAGGCGAUGCGGGCGCAUAGGCUUCGCCUCAACCCCCUCAAGUGUGUGUUCGGCGCCGAGGCAGGGAAAUUUCUGGGAUUCAUGAUCACCAAAAGAGGCAUCGAAGCCAAUCCAAAACAGGUAGACGCUAUUCUCAGGUUGACACCCCCGAAGACGCCCAAGGAGGUACAAGGCCUGGUAGGAAGGUUAGCGGCCCUGGGGCGCUUCAUCCCCCGAUCCGCAGAAAAGGCCACUCCUUUCUUUCGAACGCUCAAGAAGGCUGCGCGUUUUCAGUGGACCACCGAGUGUGAUGGGGCGUUCGAAGAAUUGAAAAGGCUCCUAGCCGCCCCAACUGUGAUGACGGCGCCCAAAGCAGAAGAGACGAUGUACCUUUAUAUUACUGUGUCCGAAGUCUCUGUAAGUGCAGUGCUUGUUGCAAGGAAAGCCCACUAUGGAGAAGACAAACCGAUAUAUUAUGUCAGUCGCACCAUGGUCACCCACGAAAGGCGAUACGCACCCAUCGAGAAGGCCGCAUUGACAGUUGUGAUGGCUGCGACCAAGCUAAGACCCUACUUCCAGGCACACACCAUCGUAGUACUCACCAACCUCGACACGGGCUGGCCGAGGAUUUUCCACUCGGCCGUGCGAAAAGCACAUUUGGCCGUGUGACUUUUGACGAGAGCUCACACGGCCAACGGGGAUUUCCACACGGCCGUGUCACAAUCACAACUGGCCGUGUGGAAUUUCACGAGAGCUCACACGGCCAAAACUCAAAUCCACACGGCCGUGUGACUUUCAGGGCUGGCCGUGUGGGCUGCCAGAACUCCGAAAUUGACCUGUUUUCACUCCAGAACGACAUACAACUCGUGAACAACCCCUCAAGACUAAAAAAACACAAAAAAUCAAAAAGAAAAAAAAUAAGAAAAUGCAAACCUAGGU